CAUCGUCGAACCUGAUCGCCAUAAUAAAAAUAAGUCAUCUACUAACAGUACAUAUAUUGCCAAAUCUUCUAAUCCUAAGGAUAAUGAUACUUUACUGGCUAAUAAUAUGCCCGAUAUUGUAGUCUCUAAACUGUUAUCUUUUGGUGAUAAGAUUGCUUUGAUGACAAAAGUGUUAUAUGAAAAGCAGAGAAAAAAAAAUCAAAUACUCGAAUUAGAUUCAGAUAAUUUUCGAAAUAUGCUUAAAAAUGCAGAACCAUUAUUAAAAAGAUUUUUUAAUAAAUUAUAUAACGUAUUUAUUCCAGACAGGUGA